AUCAAUCUUUGUAUACAUUGGAGUCAUAGUCAAUAUUAAAUGUAAGAGUUCUAAGUAAGAGCCUUGAGAAUAUUAAGUAUAACUCAUGAAUUCCUGUCCAUCUGUUCCUGUUAAUAAUUCAUGUUGUCUGGACAUUCGAUAAGCUUCCAUUGGAAUCGAUAAAACAUAAAGUGAAAACAAUGUAUGAUGGUAACGAGCUAGUUGUGCACGCUAUUUGGAUUAUUGAUAGUGCAAACUUGGAUUUUCUGAUAUACAGUUUGUCAAUAUAAUGUUAAGUUGAAAAGGGAAAAUGAUAUGACAGAGUCGGUGUAGGGAAUAUCGGAGACGGGUUAGGUCAAACCAUUUACUUGUUUACAUGUGACAUCCAACCAGAAGUGCCAGUUUCAUACGAGUGCUCUAGAAACCAUGGCGGGUUUCAGUUUCACUCACCAGCAGACGAAGAAGUUUAUGCCGCCAUCAAAGGAAUGGCAGGACAAAACAGCCAAACAGCUUAAUAUACGUAUGGAAUUGCGCUUGGAGUAUGGGAGCCCCAAGUAUUAUAAUGGGGAUACCGCACCAAAAUUGACGUCUGAGAUCCGAGCAGACGGCAACUGUUUCUUUCGCGCGCUGAGCGUCAUCAUUACUGGCGUGGAAUCGAACCACAUGACUGUCCGUGAGCAGAUCACACAGCACGUGGAGAAACACUCGGACAUCUAUCGGACGUUUCUACAGAGUCGCGGUGGCAUGGAUACGUACGUUCGGAGCAUGCGCCGGCCGAGGGAGUGGGCCACGGACACUGAAAUAUUCGCGGCCGCCACGUUUUUGAAGACAAUUAUUGAAGUAUGUAGCAUUAUUAGGACGAAUAAUGGACGUGAGUACCAGUGGCAGACUUUCGCGCCACUCAAUGACGAUAACCCGUCCUUACCAAAGAUCUACAUAUGUCACAAGGAUGAACAUUUUGAACCAAUAUUAGACAUAGCAGAGGUUGCAAUAGACGGGUCACAAAGUUUAAGACCAAGAAUCUCCGAGGCGGAGGACCAGAAAUCUCAGAGAUCCUACAAGGACUAUGACCGGUUUCGUGGGGACCAUCCUCCUCCUGCCCCACCUCCGGACCCAUCGCAGCGCAGCCCCUCUAACCCCUUCAUGACCAGUUCUUACCGCAGCUCCUAUCGGGACCCUGGACAAGUUCAGACUCAAACCCGAGCACUCGGUACCAAUCAAAGAAGUCACAAUAAUCUACACUUUUAACUGUUAUUGUUGGAUUGUUCGAGUGCCAAAGGAAUAUUUCGUUGCUGGUUAACUGUGCCUUAAUUCAAUAUUUUAUUCGUCGUAUCUGUAACUCCUUAUCUUAGAUUAUUAAGUAUGGGCUUAAUAACUGAUAAAACAAAUAUGCUUUCUGCAAGUGUUUCAGUAUUAUUAUCCUGUUAUUUCAGAGUUUAUCUGCUUUGUUAUAGCGUAAGAAGUGGUAAAAUUUACAAUAAGAUAAUGAUUUUAAAAUGUUCGAAUGAUCUUAAUAACUACCAAAGGUUAACACAAUACAGUUACGCAAGAUUAAAUAAUUACAGUUUGA